AUGGCUGCUACUUUGGUCUCUAAAAACCAAAGCUUCCAGGGAAAACAGUAUGUCUAUAAGCAUGCAAGUCCAACAACCCAAUGUGGUAUGACAUUCGGUGUCUAUAUCCCAGACCAUGAGCCAGAUGAGAAGCUCCCAACCCUCUUCUAUCUCUCCGGCCUAACCUGUACCCAUGCCAAUUUUAUGGAGAAAUCCGGCUUCCAACAAUACGCUUCUAAACACAAAAUCAUCGUUGUCCAUCCCGAUACAUCGCCACGUGGCUUCGAUAUUGAAGGCGAUUCGGAUAGUUGGGAUUUUGGAAAAGGGGCGGGAUUCUAUGUGAACGCUACUGUGGAAAAAUGGGCGAAGAAUUAUAGAAUGUACGAUUAUAUUGUGAAGGAAUUGCUGGAAGAAGUGGCUCCAAGUGUGGCUCCGAUUGAUUUGGGAAGAGUUGGAAUCUUCGGCCACUCAAUGGGCGGUCAUGGUGCUCUCACAAUCGGACUGAGAAAUCCCGGAAAAUUCAAAUCCAUUUCUGCAUUUGCCCCAAUUUGCAACCCAAUCACCGUUCCAUGGGGACAGAAAGCCCUUACCGGCUACCUGGGACCAGAUCAAACCACGUGGCAGCCCUACGACGCUUCAGAAAUCCUGAAGACGUACCAAGGACCUCGUCGGGAGAUCCUCGUCGAUCAAGGAGCGUCGGACAACUUCUUGGAGCAACUGAAGCCAGAAACUUUGAAGCCAACGGAGCAUGCUGGCGUCGUGCUGAGAAUCCAACCGGAAUUUGAUCAUUCUUACUACUUUAUUGCCAGUUUCAUGGGAGACCACUUUGAGCAUCAUGCCAGAAUUUUGAAGGCUUGA